GCCGUGCCGAGCCGAGCGGGCCCAGAGCGCAGCGCCCGGGGAGGCUCCGCUGAGGCGGGAGCCGCGCUGCUCUCCGCGCCGGGCCGGGCACGGCCGGGGAGCCAUGGCCGGGGAGCCGCUCUCCUUCCGCGCCUUCCUCGACGCCCGGCCCGCCGGCUGCGAGUACGGCUACGGGCACGGGGGCGGGCUCAGCGCGCUGCGGGACCGCGAGUUCCCCCGGCUCCGAGGGAUUACUUACCUUGACCAUGCUGGUUCAGCACUUUUCCCGGAGAGUCUACUUAAAGCUUUUACUGAUGACCUCAGAAACAACAUUUAUGGCAACCCUCAUAGUCAGAAUAUCAGCAGCAAGCUGACAUAUGACACAAUCGAGCAUGUUCGAUACAGAAUAUUGCAACACUUUCACACUACUGCUGAGGAUUACACCAUCAUUUUCACAUCUGGAUGCACAGCUGCACUUAAACUGAUAGCAGAAUCAUUCCCUUGGAUACCUGAAGGCACAAAGCAACCCAGCAGUCGAUUUUGUUACCUAACUGACAGCCACACAUCUGUGGUUGGUAUGAGGGGCAUAACUGCUUCAAUGAAUGUCUUGUCUGUUCCAAUAAAACCAAAGGAAAUUUUAUUAGCAAAAAGCCGGUUACCAGCAGAAGAACAAAACUGCACAACACCUCAUCUAUUCUCUUACCCAGCUCAGAGCAAUUUUUCUGGUACCAAAUAUCCCCUUUCAUGGAUACAGGACAUAAAAUCUGGAAGACUCUGCCCCAUCAAACUACCAGGGAAGUGGUUUGUUCUAUUAGAUGCAGCCUCAUACGUGAGCAGUUCUCCAUUAGACCUGGGAGUUCACCAAGCUGACUUUAUCCCCAUCUCAUUCUAUAAAAUCUUUGGAUUCCCAACUGGUUUAGGAGCAUUACUGGUAAACAACAGGAUUGCUCCCCUCUUGAGGAAAACCUAUUUCGGAGGUGGAACUGCAGCUGCCUACCUCGCAGGAGAGGAUUUUUAUUUCCCCAGGAAAUCCAUAGCAGAAAGGUUUGAAGAUGGUACAGUCUCUUUUCUUGAUAUCAUUGCUCUGAAACACGGAUUUGAUGUUCUGGAAAAACUCACAGGUGGAAUGGAGAAAAUAAAGCAGCAUACCUUUACAUUAGCUCACUACACCUACACUGUGCUGUCUAACUUAAAAUAUGCCAAUGGGGCUCCUGUAGUACGUAUUUACAGUGACACAGAUUUCAGCAAUCCUGAUGUCCAAGGUCCAAUCAUUAAUUUUAAUGUGCUUGAUGAAAAUGGACAAGUGCUCGGCUUUUCACAGGUGGACAGCAUGGCGAGUCUCCACAACAUACACGUUCGCACAGGCUGCUUCUGUAACACUGGAGCCUGCCAGAUGCAUCUGGACAUAAGCAAUGAGGACAUCCAAAGGAACCUGCAGGCUGGCCAUGUCUGUGGAGAUAACAUAGACCUAGUUGAUGGACGCCCCACUGGUUCUGUGAGAAUAUCCUUUGGCUACAUGUCUUCUUUUGAAGAUGCACAGACUUUUUUGAAUUUCAUCAUAGCCACCAGACUCUCCAACUCAGUUGCUGAUGUUCCUCUCCAGUCUGUUACAAAGCUGACGACAGAGUCUGUUCCAGAUGACCACCUUUCCUUUAACAAGGCAGAUAAAUUGUCUCCAAUACUGCAAAUCUCUGACAGAGAACUCAGGAAUAUUCCAUCUGAGGCAGAGACAACUGGCAGCUGGCCACCCCCAGAGCCUGAGGCAGAAAGCAUGAGGGCAGCUGUUUCGGAGACUGCAGUGCCAAGGUGUAGAAAAGGUGGCAAGCCCAUCACUGUCGCCAAAAUUUACCUCUACCCAAUCAAAUCCUGCUCUGCAUUUGAGGUUACAGAAUGGCCAGUAGGAAACCAAGGUUUGCUGUAUGACCGCAGCUGGAUGGUUGUAAACCAGAAUGGAGUCUGCAUGACUCAGAAGCAGGAGCCAAGGUUGUGUCUUGUGAAUCCCUCAAUUGAUCUGAAGCAAAAAAUGAUGGUCAUUCAGGCAGAAGGCAUGGACCCAAUAUCUGUGCCACUAGAAGACAACACUGGAAAAGAGGCUGUGAUCUGUGAGAGUAAAGUCUGUUCACACAGGGUAAAAACAUAUGACUGUGGAGAAAGAAUUGCUUGCUGGCUCUCUACGUUUCUUGGUCGUCCAUGUCGCUUGAUAAGACAAAGUUCAGGCGUGAAAAGCAAGUCACAUCAGAAAAAUACAAAAGGUCUGUCAUCUGCUACAAACAUAUCACUCUCUCUUGUGAAUGAAGCACAAUACCUGCUGAUAAAUGUAGCAAGCAUUCUGCAGCUGAAAGAACACAUUUCUGCAAGACUGAAGGAGCCAUUGGAAAUAGAGGAAUUGAUCCGACGUUUCCGUGCCAACAUUGUCAUCAGUGCACCAGAGUCCUUUGAAGAAGAGGAGUGGGCUGAGAUUUCAAUAGGUGCUCUGCAAUUCCAGGUUGUGGGUCCAUGUAGCAGAUGUCAAAUAAUCUGCAUUGAUCAACAGUCUGGGGAACGAAACAAAGAAAUUCUACAGUCCCUGUCUGCUGCCAGAGGUAGAAAGACAAACUUUGGCAUAUACCUGAUGAACCAGCCCCUGUGCUCAUCCUUUUCAGAUACUUUAUCAGUUGGGUCUCAAGUACUUCCAGUGCUGAAGGAGAAUACAGAAAUUCAGCCUCCAACAUCCAGUGAAGAAAAAUGUUCAGGAUAGAUUCUCUGGUGGAGAUGAAAUUUUUAUGCAGCUACAGGGAAAAGUCAGUAGUCAGUUACACACAAAAAAAAAAAGAAAAAGCUUCCACUCAUUUGCUACUGGUAAUUUUCUGUUUGCUGUAAAUGUUAUCAGAUGGCAUAACUGUUGAUAAUUACAGCUCACCUACAUGUUUUUGCUUGUGAUUAGGUUGCAGCAGCCAUAACUAUUUUGCACAAUUGCUUCAGGACGCAACAGGUUUGAUCAAGUCUUACUGGUGGAUGACUCCCAACAAGCCCAGCUUUGUUGUCAGAAAGCCACAUCUCAAUGAAGGAAAGUAAACACAAUAAUACACUACUUCCUUCUACUGCUUUGUCAAAACCCCAAUUAGAAGAGGAUGCAAGACAUAGUUUAGAAACAAUGUGGGUGGGAAGAGAGCAGUGGAAGAGUGGCAUGAGAAUAGCAGUGCAUUCAGCUUUUCCAAAAGGAAACUGAAGGUGAUGUGUAGACAGUGUGAAAGCAAUGGAAAAGGGGGAAUUAUUGGGAAGUCUGUGUCUCCCCCUUUGGAAGUAGUGUGUGAGAACACCACCACAGCAAAGAUAAUGAGGAUUCAUUUGCAAGACACAUUCCCUGUGAAGGAAUUCCAUCCAUUUGUUCUCAACAUCUUUCUCUUCCAUUUGUUACUUUUCCAUCUGAUUUAUUUUAUGUGAUGUCUUCUCUGGGAUUUUUAAUGUAAUGGUGUCCCUGCCUAUAGAAGGGGAGUUGGAACUAAAUGGUCUUUCAGGUCUCUUCCAACCCAAGCCAUUUCAUGACUCUAUGAGUUCCACACUCUUGUUUCCUUAUACAUUUGUGGAUGCUGACACAUUAUUUCUAAUUAGAGAUUUUUCAAGUAAUUGAAAAAUGCAGUCAUUUUCUAUACAAACUUCGUUUAUCCUCAGCAAUCUCUAAUGGCCACUUGAGGGAACUCUUGAGAGUUUGAAUGCUUCUCCAUCAAACCUGACAAACAGGUCAAAGCAUUCUUUUUUCUUACCCUUUCUUCAUUUCAUAAUGCCCUUCUUAAAUGGCUGUUGGCAGCUCCUAAACAAGACUCGUGCUUUCUGAUUUAUGAGAGAAAAUGUCUGAAACCUUAGUCUGAAGUAUCAAUUAUUGUGAAAAUUUAAAAAAUAAAUAAAUAAAGAAGGACACAGAACAAAACAGAAAACCCACAUGGAAAGUCAAUGUAAAUCAAGACUGAAUACAUUGAGGCCAGGAGUUUUGUGAC